UAAGGGAGGCCGGCUGCUGGGUGUCAGGCUGAGGGGCGGGAGCGGAGAAUGGGGGCGGCGGGAGGCAGCGGCAGGGACAGUGACUCGCUGCGGGCGGCGGCCGCCCCAUGGACUGAGUGACACGGCGAGAGAGGGGCAGCAGCGAGCCUCCCGCCGCCGCUGGGAGCCGCUUCUCCCGCCCAGCAGCCGCCGGAGGAGGAGGGGAGCCGGCCUCCAGCGCCGCCCGCCGCUUUCCCUCCGCCGCGGCGGGUGUUUGGCUGGUGCAAUGGCCAGGCUGGUGCCGGAGACCCGGCAGUGACUCGGUGCCCGUCUAGAGCCGUCCUGAGCGGGGGGGGAGUCGGGGCCGCCCCGGGAAUCUCUCUCCCCCCCGCCCCGGCUGCCGCUCCGGGCUGUUCAUGCCUUUGCAGCUGAGCGGUGCCCAGGGGCGGAGCAGCCUCCGCAGCGCCCAGUCGGGGAGCGUCCCCUCUGCUCCUGAGACAGGGCCCAGGCCCGGCCGGGAGCCCCCGGCUUCUCCGCAGCGCUAGGCCCCGGAGCGGACACCGGGGCCGGCUACAGAGUGAUCUCCUCCUGCCCGGCAGCUCGCACAGCCCCGCGGGGAGGGGGAGGAUGAGCCAGCUUCAGACGGCGAAGAUGUCCGCUCCCCCCCCGCCUGCGCCCCUGGAGCCCGGGGAGGGGGUGACCACGAGCCGCCAGAGGAAGCUGGAGUCCAUGAUCCGAGACCCUCGGUCCCCAGUCAAUGUGGAAAGUUUGCUGGAUGGCCUGAAUUCUUUGGUCCUUGAUCUGGAUUUUCCAGCACUGAGGAAAAACAAGAACAUAGAUAAUUUCUUAAAUAGAUAUGAGAAAAUUGUGGAAAAAAUUCGAGCUUUACAAAUGAAAGCUGAAGACUAUGAUGUUGUUAAGGUGAUUGGAAGAGGCGCUUUUGGAGAAGUACAGUUGGUUCGCCAUAAAACGUCACAGAAGGUUUAUGCAAUGAAGCUUCUUAGUAAAUUUGAAAUGAUAAAAAGAUCGGAUUCAGCCUUUUUCUGGGAAGAAAGAGAUAUCAUGGCCUUUGCCAACAGUCCCUGGGUGGUUCAACUCUUUUGUGCCUUUCAAGAUGACCGAUACUUGUACAUGGUAAUGGAAUACAUGCCGGGUGGAGAUCUUGUAAACCUUAUGAGCAAUUAUGAUGUGCCUGAAAAAUGGGCCAAGUUUUACACAGCUGAAGUUGUCCUUGCUCUGGAUGCAAUUCACUCCAUGGGCUUGAUACACAGGGAUGUGAAGCCUGACAAUAUGCUUUUGGAUAAACAUGGGCAUCUAAAGUUGGCAGAUUUUGGCACCUGUAUGAAAAUGGAUGAAACUGGUAUGGUGCGCUGUGAUACAGCUGUUGGAACGCCUGACUACAUAUCGCCUGAAGUCUUGAAGUCACAAGGAGGUGAUGGCUGCUAUGGACGGGAGUGUGAUUGGUGGUCCGUAGGAGUUUUUCUCUUUGAGAUGCUUGUUGGGGACACUCCAUUUUAUGCAGACUCCUUGGUAGGAACGUAUAGUAAAAUCAUGGAUCACAAGAAUUCAUUAAGUUUCCCAGAUGAUGUGGAAAUCUCUAAGCAUGCAAAGAACCUCAUCUGUGACUUUUUAACGGACAGAGAGGUGCGACUUGGGAGAAAUGGUGUAGAAGAAAUUAAACAGCACCCUUUCUUUAAGAGUGAUCAAUGGAACUGGGAUAACAUUCGAGAGACUGCUGCUCCUGUUGUACCUGAGCUUAGCAGUGACAUAGACAGCAGUAAUUUUGAUGACAUUGAGGAUGACAAAGGAGAUGUGGAAACCUUUCCAAUCCCCAAAGCCUUUGUGGGAAACCAGCUGCCUUUUAUAGGAUUUACCUACUAUCGAGAGAAUCUGUUGCUAAGUGACUCUCCUCAGUCUUGUAGAGAAAAUGAAUCCAUGCAAUCCAGGAAAAAUGAGGACAGCAAAGAGUUUGCACAGUUUCAGAAAAAAAUGAGCAAGUUAGAAGAACAACUCAGUAAUGAAAUACAAGCCAAAGAUGAACUAGAACAGAAGUGCAGGUCUGUUAACGCUCGUUUAGAGAAGACUGUGAAAGAACUAGAUGAAGAGGUAACAUCAAGGAAGAAUGUAGAAUCUGCAUUAAGGCAAUUAGAAAGAGAGAAAGCUCUUCUUCAGCACAAGAAUGCAGAAUACCAGCGGAAAGCAGAACAUGAAGCAGAUAAAAAACGCAAUUUGGAAAAUGAUGUUAACAGUUUGAAAGACCAGCUGGAAGAUUUGAAAAGGAGAAAUCAGAACUCUCAGAUAUCAAAUGAGAAAAUCAAUCAGCUACAAAGACAGCUGGAUGAAGCCAAUGCUUUACUACGCACAGAGUCUGAUACUGCAGCCAGGUUAAGGAAGAACCACACUGAAAGUACAAAGCAAAUCCAGCAGUUGGAAGCUAAUAAUCGAGAAUUACAAGAUAAAAACUGCAUGCUUGAGAAUGCUAAACUCAAACUUGAGAAGGACUUCAUCAAUCUUCAGUCAGCCCUAGAAUCUGAAAGAAGAGAUCGAAGUCAUGGGUCAGAGAUUAUCAGCGAUCUACAAGGUCGAAUAUCUAGCCUAGAAGAAGAAGUAAAAAAUGGAAAGAGUGCAUUAGCCAAAGCAGAAGUGGAGAAGAGACAAUUGCAAGAGAGGUUCACAGAUUUGGAAAAGGAGAAGAGCAACAUGGAAAUAGACAUGACAUAUAAACUCAAGGUUAUGCAGCAGAACCUGGAACAAGAAGAAGCUGAACAUAAAGCCACAAAAGCACGAUUAGCAGACAAAAAUAAAAUCUAUGAAUCUAUUGAGGAAGCCAAGUCUGAAGCCAUGAAAGAAAUGGAAAAGAAGCUGUUGGAGGAGAGAGCUUCAAAGCAAAAAGUAGAAAACUCCUUGUUAGAAAUUGAAAAGCGGUGUUCUAUGUUGGACUGUGAUCUCAAACAGUCGCAACAGAAAAUAAAUGAGCUGCUUAAACAAAAGGAUAAACUAAAUGAAGAUGUUAAAAACUUGACAUUAAAAAUAGAACAGGAAACACAAAAGCGCUGCCUUACGCAGAAUGACCUGAAGAUGCAAACACAACAAGUCAACACACUGAAAAUGUCAGAGAAACAGCUAAAACAAGAGAAUAACCAUCUCCUGGAAAUCAAACUGAGCUUGGAAAAGCAAAAUAAUGAACUCCGCAAAGAACGUCAGGAUGCAGAUGGACAAAUGAAAGAGCUUCAAGACCAGCUUGAAGCUGAACAAUAUUUCUCAACUUUGUACAAGACUCAAGUUCGUGAGCUUAAAGAGGAAUGUGAAGAAAAGACCAAACUUUGUAAAGAAAUGCAGCAAAAGAUACAGGAGUUACAAGAUGAGAGAGACUCCCUGGCUGCACAACUUGAGAUAACUUUGACAAAAGCUGAUUCAGAGCAACUUGCUCGCUCCAUUGCUGAAGAACAGUACUCUGAUUUGGAAAAAGAGAAGAUCAUGAAAGAAUUGGAGAUUAAAGAGAUGAUGGCUAGGCAUAAGCAAGAACUUACUGAGAAAGACGCUACCAUAGGAUCUCUGGAGGAAGCCAAUAGGACACUAACUAGUGAUGUGGCUAAUCUUGCUAAUGAGAAAGAAGAACUGAAUAAUAAACUGAAAGAAGUCCAAGAACAAAUUGCAAGGCUAAAAGAGGAAGAAACAAAUACAACAAUUAUUAAAACUCAGUUUGAGAAGCAGUUGUUGUCUGAGAGAACACUGAAAACCCAGGCUGUAAACAAGUUGGCUGAGAUCAUGAAUCGGAAGGAUCCAGUCAAACGUGGAGCUGACACUGAUGUGCGGAGGAAAGAAAAGGAGAAUAGGAAACUGCAUAUGGAACUGAAAUCUGAACGUGAAAAGUUGACCCAGAUGAUGAUUAAAUAUCAGAAGGAGAUCAAUGAAAUGCAGGCACAAAUAGCAGAGGAGAGCCAGAUACGAAUCGAACUGCAGAUGACGCUUGAUAGCAAGGAUAGCGACAUUGAACAGCUUCGCUCGCAGCUCCAGUCAAUACAUAUUGGCCUAGACUGCAGCAGCAUAGGCAGCGGACCUGGGGAUGCUGAGGCAGAUGAUGGAUUCCCUGAAUCAAGAUUAGAGGGUUGGCUAUCACUACCUGUCCGAAAUAACACUAAGAAAUUUGGAUGGGUGAAAAAGUAUGUAAUUGUAAGCAGUAAGAAGAUUCUGUUCUAUGAUAGUGAACAAGAUAAAGAACAUUCUAACCCCUACAUGGUGUUAGAUAUUGACAAAUUGUUCCAUGUCCGGCCAGUCACACAGACCGAUGUGUACCGAGCAGAUUCCAAAGAGAUUCCCAGGAUAUUCCAGAUUCUGUAUGCUAAUGAAGGAGAAAGCAAGAAGGAACCAGAAUUUCCUGUGGAGCCUAUGGGGGAGAAAUCAAAUUACAUUUGCCACAAGGGACAUGAGUUUAUACCCACUCUGUAUCAUUUUCCAACCAACUGUGAGGCUUGUAUGAAGCCACUGUGGCACAUGUUUAAACCUCCUCCUGCUCUAGAGUGUCGCCGCUGCCAUAUCAAAUGUCACAAAGAUCACAUGGAUAAAAAGGAAGAGAUUAUAGCACCUUGCAAAGUAUAUUAUGAUAUUUCAACUGCAAAGAAUCUACUAUUGUUAGCUAAUUCUACAGAGGAACAACAGAAAUGGGUGAGCCGAUUGGUGAAAAAAAUUCCAAAAAAGCCUCCAGCACCUGACCCCUUUGCUCGAUCUUCUCCUAGAACUUCCAUGAAGGUACAGCCAAAUCAGUCUAUGAGACGGCCAAGCCGACAGCUUCCUCCAAACAAACCAAGCUAACUGCCUUCUGUGAAUGCAGUCACUAUUCAAGGUGAUAAUUUUCUUCCCAUUAAAACAAGACUGAAACACGAUAUCCCAAAAUUUAUUAAAAUAUAUAUUUUCCUGAGAGACUGUACUAUAUAUAUCAGAGGUUUACAAUUUUUUGCUGCAAUAUAAAUUACUAAUCUCUGAGGGCUGUUUUGUAAUCCCUUGGGGUAACUGAUCAAAUGAGGACUGUUGGUAAUAGUAUAAGGAUACUUUAGCUAACCUUUUAGAGUCUUGUUCCAAAAAAGUUUAUCUUGGCAAGACACACACACUACAUUUCACAAAAGAAUUGAGAAGAGUGAAAAUUAAAACUGAAGAAAUCCAUCUUUCAACUUUGAUAGAGAGAUGCCACCAGCAUGUUUGCCAGAAAAGUAGGCGGGAAAGAUCCACCACAGUGGUAUAGACUGCAUCGUUAAGAAGUGACCAUUAUACUGUGUAUAUAUAUUGUACUGUAAUACUGCAAGAGGGUUUUAAAAAACUUUCCACUUUAUUUUUUUAUGCAUAUUAAUCAGAUACCAUUACUUACUGCAGUUGCAACUAUGCACUUAUGUAAAGCCAUAAUGUUGAAGUUAAUAUCAUUCAUACAUGUUUAUCAAAAGCUGCAUGUCAUUGCUGAGCAGCUAGUAUAAUGAGACGUUUGAAGUACAUACUCAUUUCAGUUAUUUCAUAAUGGGCAGUCCUAUUUUACCUAUCUGAAUGCCUUAAUUUAAUUUUUUCAAGGUCUAUGCCCAUUCUCUGUAUUUAAGGAUAAAAGAAUGUUUACCAACUCUUAGGAUACAAAUUUGCUUUGUGGCAGAAAAAAUAGUGCACUAUUUUUACACACAAUUAUAUCAAUGUCAGCCUAUUUUGAAUGUAUAUUGAUUGGUUUUGGGAUGGGGGGGAGUUUUGGUUACAGAAACAAUAAUUGAUAGUAUUGAAACUAAUAUAACUUUCAUGUGUACAUGUAACUUUUCAUCCAGUCCUUUUUACAAACCUCAAUAUUAGUCAUUGACUUUAUAUUACCCUUAUUAAGUGCUAUGAAACUUCAUUUUGCCUUGUUUUGCGUAUUCUCCUAGAUGUGUUUUUAUUUCUGGAAAAAAAAAGUCUGACUAUUUUUACAUUUUCACAGUACAAUAUCAAAGGACUGUCACAAACUUUGAAGAAAACUAAAACAGACUGUAGAUGUAUUUUAAAUUUUUGAAUCCAGUUCUCUAGCACAUAGCUGUAGGCAUAGAAAAAUAUUUCAGUAGUGCGUUUUGAGAACUUAUAGCUGGGAAUAAAGGGCCUUAAAGGCACUUAAUCUGAUUUUUUUUUUAACUUGGACUUGUACAAAAAUAUAAUUUAUGUGGGCUCGUUCAUGCUGUGUUCAUAAUUAUCCCCAAAAAUGCAUGUUUUAUACAAUUACAGGAAGCUAUGUUAAACAUAUCGACAGUAAAAAAAAAAAAAAAAAAAAAAAAUGUAACCUCCUACUUGGUCUCUUUUUUUAUAUAUAUAUAUUUAUAUAUUGUUUGGUAGUGUGAUCAUUAAAAAUAUGAUCGAACGUUUCAAGGAAGGAAGACAUUUCACUUGAUCUUUUCUUUGGGAACAGUGUUGUGAUGUUUAAAGGAUAGGACCAUGACUUGUAUAACACUAUCAUGGAGAGUGAACUUAGGACCACAGGAAUAUUGAAAAUGGAUAUAGUUACAUUUUAUUACCGCUAAUACAAUGUAACUUUCCCAGUCUGCGCUCAGUUUUAUAGUUAUGCAUUCUCAACCUAAAAUGUUUGGGCAUUCUUCAACUUAAAACUAAAAGGUUCAAGUAUUGGCCCAAUGCACAGUAAAAGCUGUGUAUCCUUUCCCUGCUUGUUGUGAUUUACUGAAAUGAAGCAGGUUUUAGGUAAUGCUUAUUUGCAGACAAAACAAAAUUUUAAAAAUGUAUUCAAUAAAACUGUUUCCAUUCACUGAAAGCAUACAUAUUUUAUAUAAAAUAUUUUGUUACAUUGUGGGAAGUUCUAUCCUAUUCUGAAUUGGAGAAUAUAUGUACAUAUAUAUAUAUAUAUAAAAAAAUAAGCUAUCUGAGUAAGGUAAAAUAGUUCCUGAUGUUGACAAAACUGGUAAUUAAUUGAAAUAUUUAUAUAUAAAAGGCAGCAAUUGUCAUGAUUGUGUGAAAAUGAAAUCUGUCAUUUAAGGGGAAGGUGUAAAGAAAUCUAACUAAGGCCAGAAGGAGGUCCCUGGCAGCACAGAUCCAAUGACAACAUGGUAAGCAAGGCCCAGGAGCUGCUUGGGGCCAGAGCCACUGCAGUGUCUCCACAUGGAAGGCCCUGACCUCCCGAGGAUCCCUAGGGAUCUGCCAAGUUUGGGGUGGCUUUUCUGUGGAAGAAACACCCCACUCCAAGCAUCAUGUUACAGGGAAUCUCCACAAAGAAAUCAUCCUGGGGAUUUCCUCAUAAGAAGUUCCUUCAUGUGGCUUUUCAUAUGGGAGGGGAUAAUAUAGCCUCUGAUAGCUAGCAUUUUUAUAACCAAGUUUAACCUUAAAAAUCAUUCUGAAAUAUCCACCCUCCAAAGAGAGAAUAUACUGUGUUUACCAGCCUCAUCUUUGAGAUAUAUGUGUGUGUGUUUGUAUGUACAGUACACAAUAGUUGCCUGUUACACAAACAGUAAAUUGUUCUUAGUUUUGCCCUUGCAAGUAACUAAUGUUACUGUGGAACUCCCUAAUUAUUCCCUGUUCAGAGGAAUAACAUUAAUAAUCAGGGAUCCUAGAAAUCUGUUUGCCGUGAAAAAAUGUGGAAUUUGCAUUUUUACAGAGACUCUUUAGUUUUUACAUUUUGUGAAAAAUAUAAAAACAUACACAGAGUGAACUCCAUUUAUCUAAGCCUCCAUUAUCCAGCUCUCUGUAUUAACAGAACCGCCAGGGGCUGACAACACCGGGCGGCUGGUGGUUUGGUUAAUACGGACAGCUGGGUAGUUGAGUUUUGGAUAAACAGGGUUCUACUGUAUAUCAAUAAAACAUGUUCAACUGCUACCCAUAUUUAUUGUGGCUAGGGCUAGAUUUGGGCGUUUUUUUAUUGGAGGAUUUUGGUUUUUUAUCAUGGAAAACUAGGAUGCCUGCUAAAAAGGUAAUCUGGAAUGCAAAAUUAUCAAGAUUUUAAUUAUAAUCACUGUAGACAUACUUGCAUAUCAGCUUCCUUUUCCUCAUAUUCAGCUCUUCCCAUUUACCUCGCUUUGUACAAAACAUUACCUUAACCUAUUGCUCUGAUUACAUUCUGUUCACGGUCACGCUUCCCCAUAGCCCAUGUAGAGUCUGUUUUAUUCAGAAUUGGGCAAGCUCAUUCUUUAGUCAGUUUCAGAAAUACUUGCCAAGACCAUGUUGGUUGUUCUACUAAUUCUGACCGUCAUUGCAAACUUAACUUUUACAAGCAUUUCCCUAUGAACAAGAUUAAGUGAUUAAGACACAACGUACAGCAGUCUCUUAUUAAUUUAAUAAAGGCUACUGCCAUUGGCAUAACGUACAGGAGAGCUAUGGAGGGUUAUAUUUGUUUUGUUUAGAAAGUUUGUUUUGCCAUUGUUUAAAUUCUUUCUGGUGAAUCCCUACAUCAGGCUCUCAAGAACAUCGCUGGGAAUAAAAGAACCUCGGUAAUCUGUGAAAUUAAGGCCCAGUCCCACUGAGGGUAUGUCUGUACUGUAAUCACAGGGUCUGACUGCAGCUCCAGCCAACAUAGCUGAGCUAAUGUUAAUCUAGCUAGUCCAGGUCCCAGAAGAGUGAAGUCGCAGCAGUAUGUGCAGGGUGCACGAACCCAUUUAUAACCCUGGUAAUUUCUCAUAGGGCUAGCCCACGCUGAAGCUUGUACUGCUAUAGCUUCGCUGCUCCAGGACCUCGGUUAGUUAGAUUACAGCUAUUUUGGGUACAUUGGCUCAAGCUGCAAUCAGGCCUAGUAACUGCAGUCUAAAUGUACCCUCAGAUUCCCUGUGUGAGCUCCAGUGGCUGGGUAUUGUUCUUCCUGACUGAGCAGAGGCAAGUAAUUGGCAGGUUUUCUGGAAAUGUUUCUUUUGGCCCUUGGGUAAAUACUGGAGGCCAACAGUCUACAAAUUACAGGGAGUCCUGAUUGUCACAAUUCAGGGCAACGGCACCUGUAUAUUCCCUCAAUGGUCCAGCAAGCGCACCCACUUUCAGGCUCCUAACACCCUGGUCAUUGCCUCUCUUGGGUGGAGACCUGCGUCUCUCUCCCUUCUGACUGGGGUAUUUCCAGGAUGCACCAUUCCUGGAUUUCACUGUGUUAAUCCCAGCAGUCUGCCCAAGUGCACCUUCUUGCUUUCUCUUGAGACUGAUGAUAGAGAGAUUGUCGGCAAUUAUAAAUUACCACAAAAUAACUUUUACUUGAUUCUUUAAGAUAAAAGCACUAUGAAGUACACAGUAAAAGAACCUACAGACAUACUACUACUCUUACCAGAGAUCAGCUCCACCCUAACAUGGCUCUUGCCGGAGCAGUCCUUCCAAACCUCACCUAAGGGGUUUCUUUUGUGAUCACAAGUUCAUCACAGCUUCAGCUCAGAACAAGUACACUCAUAAGUUUUGUCCACCCUUUAUACUGUUCAGGAGACUUUUGAUCUGGAGUUUUGAGGACCAGGUAAUUAAUUUUCAUCCUCAGGGCACAGUUUCAAAAGAGUGGAUUCAAAUUGGGUCAUUUGCAUUCCCUUACACUCAGGUUUUCCUAGGAAAUCUGCUUCACAUGUAUUAUUUCAAAACGCCCUUGGAAAUUCCUAAUACCUCCUAGAGAUUGCAUUAGUCAGUCUCCUACAGAAGUUAAAUACAUAAAAUUCCAUAAUAACACAUAUUCAAUUGCAUUUUUAAUACAAUGAGCCCCAAAAGUAUUAAAGCGCAAUACAUAAAGUGCAACUUAAUUCAGUAUAUUGCAGGAAUGUCAGCCUGUCACACUGAUUAUCUUGGUGAACUCUCUAGAUACGUCCAAUUUAUAGAGGUGCUUCAUAUAUUCGGAGCUACCUCUUUGCAUUCUAAAGUCCAGUGUCCCUGGGGACAAAAGUGGGGGGAUUAUCAACAGUUUGUCACCUGCUAGGGCUUGUCUACACAGUACAGCAAAGUGAUAUAGAGGAGUGUGAUAGGUAGAGCAUGCCAGCAGGAUUUACAUGGGGGAGUUGGAGCAUUCUAACAGAUACCUAGUUAUAUUAACAUAAUCUGGUCUACACUGGGUAAUUAGGGCAACACAUUAGAGUAUUCUACAAAAAACACCCCUCAGGCGUGCUCUGCCACAACGUGUAGAUAAGACUUUAGAGAUUAAAGCUGCAAAUUCCAGUUCACCUGCUUAGAUUUACAGGAAUCUGUUGUUACAUGUAGCACUCAAGAAGCUGGGAGGAGAUGGAACAGCACGUAACAAAGAAAAUAAUUAAAAUGGCCGUCACCAGCAUAGCAAGCAUAACAGUGGGGCUGGGAGACUACCUCACUUCCACUGACCUCCAUAUCUUCAUGGUCCUUCACAAGUAGUAAGUGACAUUCAGUCUAGUGGCUCCAAAUCUUCAAUACAUUUUUUUUCUUUAGCUCCAUGUGCUUUGGCAGGAAGGGUGACUGGAUAGUAAUGUCCCUUCUGAAGAAGGGGAUAGCAAUCAUGCCUUGUGUAGAGGACUAGUUAAAUGGAGGCUCCUCUCAACUUGCGGUCACAUCCAGCUCUGGAACUUUUUCAAAUAUUGGACUGAUUGUAAUGUAUCAAAGAACCUAGGAGUUUAUCUUAACAGUGGAUAAGUAAGUUUUAUCAGGUGAAAUUCCUCAUGUGAAUCUGUGAUAUCCUGCAGAAAGCCUGUCCUGUUGGAAUGCUUUUUUCUAUCUUCUUUAGAGCUCAUCUCCCCGUUUUGAAGAGUCUCAGUACUCAGCAGUCACUAUUGCCAUGGUGGUCAGGGAAGGAGAAGACAUCUUCAGUCAUUUUGUGGCUCAAGGACAUUAGAGUUUGGAUGGUUUUGUGACCUUGUUCAUCUACAGAGUUUAAUUAUAUAAUCCAAUCUAAAUUGGGUUUUUAAGACUAUAAUUUGAAAAUAUGGAUUCUUUGGCAUGUUUGAAAACGGCCUAAGAUUUUUGUGAGCAGAAUGGGCCUGUUUUGAACUGCAGAGUUGCUCAAUGUUUCUGAAUCUCUGAUAGUGCCAGAUGUGAGUCAUUUUCCAAGUUAAAACCAUUUUGGUGAUCAGUUUUCACAGAAAUCAUUGCUGAAAACCCAGACUUGCCCAGGUAACUGGAAGCGUAUGAAAGCAGCACUUUCAUAGCUUCAUCAGGGAGUUCUUCAAACACGUCUUUAACAGAAACAGAAUUCCUGGUUUGGUAUAUUUGCAGACUUAGCCUUUGGCAUGUGAUGACUUCACAACUAUAAGAUUUUCUCGAGCUGAGAUAUUUAUUUGGAACAUAGGCUUAGCACUUGGUAAAAAUCAUUCCAUUAUAAAGAUGAGAUGCACCUGUCUCUCCCUCACCCGCUUUUCCCUAUCUGCUAGAGCUGGGGCUCCUGCUGACAUUGGGAGCCUCUUUGCCCCCCACUUAGCUGAGAGACUUCCUGAUGAAUGAUUCCCACAGCAGGGAUUCUCUCUCUGCUGAAGAUCCCCUGUGAGAGCGGAGGACACAGAGAUAAGACACUAGUGUAGUCUCUUUAAUUAGAAAAACCAAAAACAGGCAUAUUGAUUACAUUUUUCCUUCCAAACACUCACGGCUCAAUGAACCCUUUGUAGCUCCCUAAGGGGGACCCAUGACCCACACUGAACUGGGAGACACUUUUUUUCAUUAUGGAGGUGGAGGAAGUUGUUCCCCAGAAAAACAAAUGCCUCUACAAAUAAUCCAUUUCUAAUCCCCAAAUCAUCCCAUAUCAUAGUGAGCUAGUGGUGGAUGUUCCAAGAGAUCUGAUUGUGGGAGCUCUCUAAUGCACCACUGUUAAGGGAUGAUGCUCCAGAAAUAAACUAUUUAUAUAUAUAACUAUUUAUAGUUUAUUAAACAGCAUGAUGCUUCCAACACUAAGGUGUUAAAUAUGUAGAUAAAUAUGUAUGUAUAAUAAAUGUAAAGUUUUCCCUCUGUGUAUGAUGGCAAGAUCAAGACAAAUGUCAUAAAAGUUGCUUUUUUUUAUUGCAGAAAUGGGAUAUUUUAUUAAAAAUCCAGUGUAAGAUAUCUAAUAUAUUAACAAAAAUAGCUGAAAAUGACAUUUUUCAUGUGUCACUAUAGAACAGAAAAAUUGGUGCUGAUUUAUCCAUUUAAAUGUGUUUUAUACAGUUUUCACCCAGUAGGAAAAUAUUUUUAAAUAGUCACACUUUCCACAGCCAACACAGAAACUUUUGAAAAUUUGUACAGACUGUCUAAAGCUAAAAAUCUACCCUUGCAUUCGCUCCAUUAAGUCAAUACCAAGUAACUGAUUUUGAAAUACAAUGAAAGGCAUUAAAAAUACCUGUACAGUUGGCAAAAAAUAUUUUAAUAUUAUGAAAUUACUGUGAUUUCUGGUACUGGAGGUCCUGAUCCUGCAAUCUUUUCUGUGCAAGCAGACCCUUAGGCUCACAUUGAAGUAAUGGAGCUCUGCACAGGUACACGGGGUCCACUUCUGUGGAUCUCAUUGCUGGAUUAGUGCCUAUGAUCUCACACACUGGGUUGAAAUCCUGAUCCUGUUGAAUUAAAUGGAAGUUUUGCCAUGGGACCAGGCUUUAACCCCCUAGUGAUCAAUAGACUAAAUCAAUAACGGUAUAGAAGCUCUUUUAAAAAGAAGAUGCUUUUCUACCUGAAAAAUGUAAUUCUGGGAGAAAACAAGGCAUGCUACACACCAGAAUAAUAUAUAACAAUUGCUGGUUGGAAACAUUGUAGUAUUCAUUCCCCAUAGACAAAUGUCAAAAGUCACUGCUAGUAAUUACGCAAACCUAUCUGUUUUAAUAAACCUGAUAUUUUGCUCUACUACAAAGCAUGUUAUGAGUGGAAUGUAAAAGUAAAACCUCAAGUACAUAUUUGCAUCUUACAACACAGAAAACUUGCAGAACCAUAUAAUAGAAGGAGUUAGUCAGAUUCUAUUAGAAAGUAGGUGAGCCCAUAGGGGAGAGAGUUUGCCUGUGGCUGUGUAAUGUCCUGCACUGAGGUGAGGCAUCAGCAGUGGAGAGCGAACCUGGCAUCAUUGGGAUCUUAAAGCAAAAACCUCUACUGCCUGAGCUGUUUGCUCGCUAAGACUGUAGCAGGCUCAUUGAGCUGGAGUACUGACCCUUUAAAAGGGAGCAGGCCUAGUCCACCUGUGCCUGGAUAGCUGCCUUCUAAUGGGAAUGCAGAGGAAACACCUGGCCUAUAAAAUGGGUCUGGCAGAAGUUUGGAAAAGAAGACAAUAAGAGGCAGCUGGGAUCUGGUAGAAGGUUCCUGCAGUGAGAGUGAGCUGCUGGAGUUCCCCACGGAAGCAGUCGUGGAGAGCUGAUGAAGGAAGAGAGCUGGAAAAAAACUCGGGGCUAGAGAGCAACAGAAAAGAGUUUACCCUGCUGACUUUGAGCCAAGAGAGAAGGUAAAUCCAGACAGGCCAGCAUUCCAGACAAGGAGCUAGGAAAGCUCUGGGCCAGGAGAGCAGUGGAAGGAAGUCUGCUUGCUGACUCUUCGAGCUCGGUGAGGAGGAAGGUACAAGGGACUAAUCCUGGGGGAACCCAGGGUGGGACUCAGAAUUUAAGCCCAGGGUGGGUGGCCCUUAAUUAUCCUGCACUUCCAUUAAGCCAAGGGCAGGUGGACACUGUUCAUUUGGGGGGGGGGGGGGGGAAGAGGGUUGACACUGGGGAGAACACUGAGCAUCCCCUGCUGUGAUCAAAGAGGGAGGCCAAAGAACAGCCUGGCUUUUGUAUUAUGGUGAUGGACUGUACUUUGACUUUGGGGGUCAUUUUGAAGCAUUUUACACUAAUAAAUUAGAUCACAAUGAGGGUAUUAUUGGACUGAAGAGUGAAGGUAGAGUUUGAGGAACCUUAGGAUGGAGAAGCUGAUGUUGGGGCACCUUCAGGGCCACUUCUAGCCAUGCAGGGGCAUCCCAGGAUGACCUGUCUUGUUACACAUUAACCUCUCUAUGUGGCCCAGCCAUUACUAGAGGGCAGCCGAACAUCCACCAAAUAAAUGGGUAUGGGUUAGAGUUGCAGGAUUGAAAGAUCCCUAAAAGGUUAAUAGGUGCACUUUUGCUUUUAUCCCAGUAAAGAUGGGUUAAACAAAACAGCUGACUUAUGGGUGUUUUGUAUGAUGAUAUAAGCUUUUUAAUUGGAUGAAAGGAGCAUUUGAUAUAUUCACUAUGGGUGUGGCAAACCUAGCUUAUUCUGUGAUCCUACAGCUGAAUUACAAAUUUAGGGCCAGAUUUUCAAUUGGCUUCCUUCUCUGCAGACUCCAUAGGUAGUUAGAUAUCUAAUUACAGAUCUGUUUACAAAAAAGAUAGAGAGGAACCUACUAAUGAGUUGUGGUCAUACAGUUGCAAAAGGAAAAUCAAAAUAACUUGGAGGUACAAAACUGUGCCUAUAUAAAUGAAGAAAACUGCUGAAAAGAUGACCCUUAAUCUGUAAAGAACUGGAGUGUUACAAGAACUUCUUCCAGGGGAAUUCUGGGCCACUGCACAAUGCAGAAUUUGUGCAGAAUUACUGUUCUAUGCAGAAUUAGCAUUGCAGAGCCCCAUUGGGCUCAGCAGAGCCCAGCUCACAAAUAGAAGACACUGCCAGGGGGACAGGGACAGAGCUGGAGGGUUCUUAGCAGCUGCAGUUCCUAGCACACCCUGAAGGAAGGGUGGUGUAUGGAGUUUCUUGUACGAGUCUGGAACCUAGCAUCAAGCUGUUUCUCCCUCUGGACUGGGGGCCCUGCGACUGGACUCUGGGGAGAGAAGUACAGGUGUCUGGCCCUGUGGCUCAGCUCUGGGUGUGGGAGGGGGCAGAGAAACAGAAACUGGGUUGUUACAGGGGUUUCUUUAACUCUCUACUCCUGGGGGAAUCUUUUUUGUCAUCUGUAUUGGUACAGACGUAGUUGCUGACAGGUAUUCUGAAAUAAAUUACCAAAAAAAUUGAAACCGGCAUGAUUAUAUAGUGUUAUUUUAACAAAAUAUGCAGAAUUUUAAAAUAUUGUGCACAUAACUUUUAAUUUUUUGGUGCAAAAUUCCCCCAAGAGUAAAAAACCAAGGAAUCUACAUAGUACAAAAUAUGAAGAAAAAAAAUUGCAUGAAAAUGUCAGGUACCACUGAAACCUGUCUUAAAUGACCAAUAAAAUUUUCUUCUAAUAAAAUAUGCUUCAUUAACUACUAUUAAUUGUAAUAAAACAUAGGCAACAUUGUACUUAAUCUUUUAAGGGAUAAUAUGAGGCAGGUGGCAUACAGAAGGCUGCCUGGACAUGGAGGUCUCUUGUUCAGGUUUCAUUGUAUUUUUUUGGUCCAAACUGUUUUAUAUAUGUUGAAGCUGGGGAGAAGCUGUCAUCUAAUCAGUCUUUUCAGUCUUUCUGUAAUGCAGUAUUGUGGCUGUGACCCAUAUGUUAAGAACCAGCAUGAUUAUGAAACGGACUAGAACUAAGAAGGAGAAAAACAUUCAAUUAAUAAAAUGUUAUAAGCAUGAAUGCUAACAUUACCUGCUGCCGUUUCCACAGGCUACAAUAACUUGUGCACAAAGUUUUACUAGUGUACAUUCUGAACAGUUCACCUUCCACAACUCCUUAAUGGACUGCCUCAAAAUACUGUGUUAAGGAACCCAUAUGUCAGACAUCAAAAAUUCUGAAAAUAAAUAGUUUCCAGAUUCAUGUUUUGUUUGAGGGGGGGAAAUGAACUAGGCAGAUGUAUUCUCACCUGAUGAAUAGUGAUUUGUUAAGUAAUACCCAGAAGUAUUUAAAAAAUAAAUACAUCUAGAUUCCUUAAUGUAAA